GUUUGCAAAUGGCCGCCGGCUAAAGAAUGUGAUGUUGUUUACAUCGUAACUCAGUUGGUGGCAAAAUGCAAGAAGUCAAUGUUCGUGUGGCUGUUCGGGUUCGGCCCCUCUUGCCUAAGGAACGCCUCGGGGGAGAUCAGAUGUGUGUUCAAGUACUACGCAACACCAAUCAGCUGAUAGUGGGCAAAGACAGGGCAUUUACAUUUGACCAUGUGUUUAACCAUAAGACAUCACAGGAGGAUGUGUAUCAAACUUGUGUGGAUCCACUUGUCAGGAGUAUAUUUGAUGGCUACAAUGCAACCGUCUUUGCAUACGGUCAGACUGGCUCAGGGAAGACCUACACUAUUGGAGGAUGUAAUAUCUCAGCCAUUACAGAAGAUGAACAUGGAACUAUUCCCCGGGCUAUUAACCAGAUGUUUGACAUCAUGAAGAGCAAUGAGGCAGUGGAGUUCUCCAUCACAGUGUCCUACAUUGAAAUCUAUAAGGAGGAGUUACAGGAUCUCCUCGAUGUAGACAAGUGCAGCAAGGAUCUCCAUGUGAGGGAAGAUGACCAGGGCAACACAGUGAUUAUUGGGGUCAAGGAGGUUGAGUGUGAGACUCUGGAUGACGUCAUGUCCCUCCUUGAGUCGGGGUCGGCAGCACGACAUACAGGCUCCACUCAGAUGAACGAACAUUCCAGCCGCUCACAUUCCAUCUUCACCAUUGUUAUAGGUCAGAAGUGGUGUGAAGAUGAUGUUCUAGCAUCAAGGCGAUCCCGGCAUACAAGUGACAGCAGCGACAUUCUUGAAGAUGAUGCAUCCAUGAGCCACACAAUGGCCGGGAAGUUCCACUUUGUCGACCUGGCCGGAUCUGAGAGGGCACACAGAACAGGCAAUGUUGGCGACCGCUUCAAAGAGUCCAUUCACAUCAAUACAGGCCUACUGUCGCUGGGUAAUGUUAUCAGUGCACUCGGGGAUCCGAAGAAGAAGAGCACCCAUAUUCCAUAUCGGGAGUCCAAGAUUACACGGUUGUUGAAGGAUUCUCUUGGCGGCAAUGCACAGACCCUCAUGAUCUGCUGCAUCAGUCCAGCCUCCGCCAACUUCGAUGAGUCACUCAAUGCUCUCAAAUAUGCUAACAGGGCAAAGAACAUAAGAAACAAGCCUAUCGUAAACAGAGACAUCCAGUCAAUCCGUUUUGAAGAAAUGCAAAGUGAAAUCAAGGCAUUGCGAGAAGAACUGGUGAGGCAGCGGACAUCGGUUGUCAGUGCUGGGAGAGACACAAGCGUGGAGAGGACACAGCAAGACUGUGAUCUCAUACAGGACCUGGAGGUCAAAGUAGUAAGAUUACAGACUGAGUGCUCCCACUACCGCAUGGUUUCAGAGGAAGCCUACAAGCAGCUGAUGGACAUCAAGGAAAGAGAGAUUUUGUCCAAGAGUCAGGACAUCAGGCUGAAGGACUGGCUGGACCUCAUGGAGGAGAUAAAAAAUAGGGUUCCCUCUACAUUAUCUCGAGAAAGUUUGGACAAUCAGACCAUAAGGGAUUUGGAGAGCGAACUUAGAAAGUGUCGUGAUGAUCUUAGAAGUGAUGAAGAUAUAUUUGCUGAGAAGACGAGAGAAGUAAAUCACCUGGCAGAGAGAAUCGAAGAACUGGAGAAGGAAGUGGCUGAGGGGAAUGCAGCACUUAAGACUUCCAUUGAGACGUGCCAGCGCCAGGAACAGCAGAUGCUGGAGCAGCAGUUGAAGAUACAGGAGCUGCAGAGAGCUCUCAAGCCAGACAUCCAAGUCGUACAUCAUGAAGUUGAUCAACAAAGUCCCCUGUUUCAAAAGAAACAUUUCCUACAAGGGGAGACGCUACUGGGUGCGAGCAGCGUCCUGGACAGCACUGCUGUUACGUCGAGCGCACCUCCGGUCACGGGCAGAAGACCCAAGUCCGUGCCCACUCACAUCAAUCGCAAGCAGGACAAUUUUUACUCAAGUCUGAGGCCACCAUCACGAAACAUCAAGACAAGUCCAGCACUGUUUUCACUAGAACGGGUCAUGCAGAGCUUCCGGGCCCGAAGCCAGCUUUUGGUGACGAGGCUUGAGGACAGUGAUGAGGUGCUGCACCAGACCUUCAGUGACGAUCAAGAGAACCAACAGCCUGGAACUGGAGAUAGCAACUUUGUCCGCCGAGGAACAUUCCGUGUAAAGAAGGGUUCAAGGAAUGAUGAAGAUAAGGAGAACCGCUUGUCUGUAGAUGACAUGCCAGAAGUCAGGAGGAGCAAGCCAGUAUCGGAUGUGCGAACAAGCACCAGGCUCAUGAGAAGUCUCGAUAUGUCUGAGAGUGACGGCACAGGGAGUCGCCUCAUCAACAUCGACAACCGCAGCAGCACUGAAAUCCAUCGAAAGAAGAUCAAGCAAACGCAGCUGAAAGUGCUGGAGGCAAACCAGAAGAUGAGAGACCUAGCCAUCAACAUCAGGAUGAAGGAGCAGCUGAUCAGGGAGCUUGUCAGGUCGGGGAAGGAUGCCGAGCUUAUGAAUAAGCAGUAUGCAGAUAAAAUCAAGGCUCUGGAAAAGGAGAAGCUCGGGGUGAAGCAGGAGCUGGUGGGGACACAGAGGGCGCUGCAGGAGCUGGGCAUGAGGGAGCAGCAGGAGUCGGUCGAGAAACAGAAGCUGCAGAGUGAAUACAGGAAGAAAAUAGAAGAGGCAAAAUCUAAGAUGUCAGCUCUGCAGAAAAAACAAAAAGAGACUGAAAAAAUAGCAAACUUUGCCUCACAGCAUGAGAAAAAAAUCCAGGACCUGGAGCUGGCAGUGGACAGGAUGAAGCAGCACUAUGAGAAUCUGCAGAGGAGGUUCAAGGACGAAACUGACCAGAAAGCCAAGUUGGAGCGUGAGAUGCAGAGAGAGCUGCAGAGAGUAAAGGAACUUGAGCUGAAGAGUGAACAACAGCAGAAGAUAUUGAAACGUAAAAAUGAGGAGAUCGCAGCAGCCCAGCGUAGACUCCGCUCAGGCUCCCUGCCUCCCAUACAGAUGGAAAACCUUGAGAAGAUGGAUGAACAGAAGAGGUGGCUGGACAGCGAGAUUGAGAAGGUGCUGGUGCUCCGGAGACAGAAUGAAGAACUGCAGGAGGAUCUUAAUCGCAGAGAAGGCAUCGUUGCAAAGAAGGAAGCCAUGUUGUCAGAGAAGAGUGAGUUGGAGAUAAAGAAACUGCGUUCUAGUCAGAUGAUCAACCACGACGUCGUGUCCAUGUCCUUGAAGCUGGAAAAUGUGGAGAAGAAGAUUGAGGAGAAACGGAAGGAGUUGUCCCAGGCAGCAGAAGAUGAGCAGGAGAAUGUGAAGGAAGAGAUCUCACGCUUGAAGCGAUCAAGGGAAAAGCUGCAGAAGAGUCGAGGAGUGAUGGACGAGAAGCUGCGGGAAGGCAGUAUCUUGUCAGCUAAAGAGGAGAGAAGACUUAUUGAACUAGAUGAAGCAAUUGAAGCUCUUGAUGCAGCUAUUGAGUACAAGAAUGAAUCAAUUCACAACAGACAGGCAGAGAUAAGACAUUCACAGAUUCAGGCUCAGAGUGAGGACAACUUGAUGAAUCGCCUCAAGUCGCUGACCACUGUGGAGACCAAGUCGCUGCUGUCCAAGUAUUUUGAGAAGGUGGUCAGUCUCCGGGAGGAGGAGAGGAAACUUGUGCUGCAGUGUGACGAGCUGGAGGUGAAGAUAGACGAGCAGGAGCGAAUUAUUCGAGAGCUUGAGAGCACUUUGCAGAGAAGUAACAUGGACUCUGAUCGUCGACUUGUUCAGCAGCAGAGGGAGUAUGAACAGAAGAUGCAACUGCUUAUGCAUCAAGUAACAGAGGGAGGAGUAGGGAACAGCUGUGGAGAUGGAAUAGAUUUGAAAGUACAGCAGCUGGAAAAAGAUCUGUAUUACUAUAAGAAAACUAGCCGGGAUCUGAAGAAGAAGUUCAAAGAGUUGAUAACGAAAGGAGUCCUUAGCUCACAAGCUUAUGAAGACAUUGGAGUUUACAGCUCCAUCCAAAGUAAUGCAGAGAAUGAAGUUUCUACCCCAAGAGCACACGUCCCCACCCCCAGGGACACCCACUCUAGUCGUGACUCUCACAUCCGUCCAGGAAGUGGUCGUGAACGACCGCCAAGCCGUCCAGUGUCCAGCCGGUCUGCACACAAGUCUAGCCAGGACCAGCCCCACAAUGCCGCCACACCGGUGAAGAUAUCUCGUAAAGAUCUGCGUCCAAUGACAGAGGAGGAGGUGUCCAUGAGAAGGUCUCAUCUCAGUCGGAGCGUUGGGCCCGCAACACCACAAGAUUCUUUGGAUUCCGCCAGCAAUCCCUGGUCAUGAAAUGUCUUGGAGUUGUCCUGCCACGCCCACGUAGUGUCCUGACGGUGCUAAUCCUAUUAUUGACAUCUAGCUUGUUAUCCCUUUCAGUAUCUUAUAAUAGAUGUGUCAGUAGACAGUUUUAGGGCCUUAAAUGCUGUCAACCAACAAAACCCAUCAGAUGUGCGCCCUAAUUACAAGAGGUAGAAAUAAGCUUGAUCUGUACGUGGAUAUAUCCCGUGUCCACAAGACCACAGCAACUAACAACCAAUUGUGUUCCUGUGUUUGAAUGUAAACGUGGAUAUAUCCCGUGUCCACAAGACCACAGCAACUAACAACCAAUUGAAUUCCUGUGUU